AUGAUCCAACAGCAGCUGAAACAGCUCCUGCCAGAGAGGGAGGUGGACCCUUCUGUUGCCCUUGCCCUGCUCUGCAGCUCAGCAGCAACCGUGGGCAUCUGGAAAUGGUGGGGCAAAAGGCAGAUCCAGAAGAAAAUGGAAGACGCUCGGAGGACCCGGGAUGAGGGGGUGAAGAAAGUGGCAAAGGCUGUCCAGCAGUUCAGGGAGCAGGGCCCCAGUGUCCAGACAGACGCCAUCCUGUCCCUGCCCCUGCUGGAACUCACUGGGAGACUGCGGGAAGGCUCCCUGUCACCCAGGACUGUCCUCUACACCUACUUAGAGAAGGCCCUGGAAGUGACCCAGCAGACGAACUGCUUGCGACAUUUUAUCCCAGAGUGUGAGCAGCAGCUCCAGGAAAUACAACAGCAGCAGGAGAAGGGGCUGCUCUACGGCAUCCCCGUCAGUAUCAAGGAUCACAUUGGCCACAAGGGACACCUGUCAACCUGUGGGCUUGUGCAGUGCCUGGACACCCUGGCGCAGGAGGACAGUGUCCUCGUCAAGGUUUUGAAGAGCCAGGGGGCCAUCCCAUUUGCAAUGACCAACGUGCCACAGUCCCUCUUCAACUACGACUGCAGCAAUCCCAUCUUCGGCCAGACCCUGCACCCCCUCAACCACCAGAAGAGCCCCGGGGGCUCCUCGGGAGGAGAGGGAGCUCUGAUCGCAGGAGGAGGCUCCAUCCUGGGCAUUGGCUCGGACAUCGGUGGCAGGAUCCGCCUCCCGUCCAGCUUCUGCGGGCUGUGCGGGCUCAAACCCACCGCUGAAAGGCUCAGUCUGUCUGGAACGAGUGGCCCAGUCAGUGGGAUCCUGGCAAUUCCUUGUGCGCUGGGGCCAAUGGCGAGAGAUGUGGACAGCCUGGCUCUCUGCAUGAAGGCGCUGCUCUGUCAGGAGAUGUUCCGGCUGGACCCCACCGUGCCCCCCAUCCCCUUUGAUGAGGAGGCCUACUCCAGCUCUGCUCCUCUGCGGGUCGGGUACUACGACACGGAUGGGUACUUCCCGCUGCCCCCUUGCAUGCAGCUGGCAGUGCAGGAGACUCGGGGGGCUCUGCAGAGAGCUGGGCACCAGCUGGUGCCCUUUUCUCCACCUCGGAUCCACUACGUCAUGACUGAACUGUUUUUGAAGACCUUUUUUGCUGAUGGAGGCCGUGCUUGGUUGGACGUGUUCACAGGAAAUAUUGUAGAUCCAAACUUGAAAUCGCAGGUGAAUUGUUGCAAGAUCCCAAGGCUGGGGAAGAAGCUGCUGGCUCUGAUUCUUAAACCUCUGUUUCCCCGUCUGGCUGACUAUCUGGGUGCUUUGGCUGGAAUGAGGUCAGUGAAGGAGAUGUGGAACCAUCACCAUCAAAUCGAGGCGUACCGCACCGAGUUCAUCGCCCAGUGGAGGGAGCUCCAGCUGGACGUUGUGCUGUGCCCUGUCCUGGGGCCUGCCUUCACCACGGGAUACCCUGGGAAACUCCUCACUGCCAUCUCCUCCACAAUGCUGUACAACGUCCUCAACUUCCCUGCUGGAGUCGUACCUGUCAGCACGGUGACAGAAGCUGAUGAGGAAGAGCUGAAGCUUUACCGAGGAUGCUGCGAUGACCCCUGGGACCAGACGCUGAAGCAGGCUGUGGCAGGAGCCGCUGUGGCAGGAGCCGUGGGGCUGCCCGUGGCUGUGCAGUGCGUGGCCUUGCCAUGGCGGGAGGAGCUGUGCCUCCGGCUGAUGAAGGAGGUGGAGACCCUCAGCCCUGAGAAGAGAGCGGCGUAG